AUGGGUAGCAAGAAGCGGGAGAAACAGGAGAAUGGCACCAUAUCCAAGAAGCCCAAGCAGCUUGCAUGUGCAGAGGAGUCUUGCACGCCCUCUACCAGCGGACGCGGCUACACGGUGUCCAUCGCCGUGGCGGCCUCGUGCAUCGAGAAUGCACAGAACCUGGAGCUGGCCACGCUGCUGGCUGGGCAGAUAGCGCGGGCAGCUGCGAUCUUUAACGUGGACGAGGUGGUGGUACUGGACGAUUCGCCCGCCAAGCAGCCCGGCCACGUCAGCAGCGCCGCCGCGCUCUUUGCCCGCGUGCUGCAGUUCAUGGAAACGCCGCAGUACCUGAAGAAGGCACUGAUCCCCAUGCAUCCCGACCUCAAGUAUGCGGGCGUGCUGCCGCCGCUGGAUGCGCCGCACCAUCUGCGAUCCACUGAGUGGGGCCCAUACCGCGAGGGCGUGGUGCGGCGCAGUGCCAAGGGCGAAGGGUCGUUCAUUGAUGUGGGCCUGGACAAAGAUGCACACAUCCCGCAGGCAAGCCUGAUGGCGGCGCGGCAGGGUGUGCGGCUGACGCUGAGCAUGGGGGAACAGCCGUUGCCCGCCACCGUGCAGGGGCAGCAGGUGCUGCGGGGGCAGCUAGCACUGCCGACAGACCCACGAGAGAGGGGGGGGCUGUAUUGGGGCUACAUCACGCGCAUCGCGCCAAGCCUGCAGGCCAUGCUGGAACAGUGCCCCUUCUACGGCGGCUACAGCCUGACCGUGGGCACCUCGGAACGAGGCGAGCGCACGCCAGCCUGCCAGCUGGACUUGGGCGCCUUUCGGCACCUGCUGGUCGUGUUUGGCGGGCCACAGGGCCUGGAGUACCUGAACACGUGCUUCGACCAGGGCAGCCGCACCAUCCGCAGCGAGGAGGCCAUCCUCAUCUCCCUAGCCUUCCUGCAGCCUGCAGUCACUGCCGCCACCGCACCGCCGCAGUAG